CCAAAGCAAUCUGAGAGAGAGAGAGAAUGGAAUCGCUUGAUGAAACUGAAGAAACCCUAAGAGGCCAAGCCCUCGUAUGGAAGCACAUGUUUGCAUUCGCCGACUCGAUGGCGCUGAAAUGCGCUGUCGAGCUCCGAAUACCCGACAUCAUCCAUUCUUACGGCGGCCGGCCCGUCACCCUAGCCCAAAUAGCCUCCCGCAUCCCCUCCGCAUCCCCCGGAACCCCGUACCUGGCGCGCAUCAUGAGACUCCUCGUCCGCAAGAACAUCUUCUCCGCCAAUGGUUGCCCACCCGACGGCAGCCCUGAGAGUCACGAGACACUCUACAGCCUCACCCCAUCGUCGAGAUGGCUCCUCCAGGGGCCCGGGUCCGAGCUCAGCCUCGCGCCGAUGGUGCUGAUGGAAGACCACCCAUGGCUGAUGUCCCCGUGGCAUUGCCUCGGCGACUGCGUCAGGACUGGCGGGAUCGCUUUCGAGAUGGCUCAUGGCCGCAAGGUUUGGGACUUCGCAUCGGAGAAUCCCGAGUUCAACCGCCUGUUCAACGAUGGGAUGGCGUGUACGAGCAAGAUCACGGUCAGGGCCAUCGUGGAAGGGUAUAAGGAGGGAUUCGAGAGCAUUGGGUCUUUGGUCGAUGUCGGAGGGGGGAUAGGAGGGGCCCUGGCCGAAAUCAUUAAGUCAUAUCCGCACAUUCAGGGGAUUAACUUCGAUCUUCCUCACGUUGUUGCGACGGCGCCGGCGCAUGAAAGAGUUACUCAUGUUGGAGGAGACAUGUUUGACACCGUACCGCAGGCUGAUGCAGUUUUCAUGAAGUGGAUCAUGCACGACUGGGGCGACGAAGAUUGCGUCAAGAUAUUAAGGAAUUGCAGAAAAGCUAUCCCGGAAAAGAACGGCAAAGUGAUCAUAGCAGAGAUUGUGCUGAAACCAGAGGGCGGCGGCAUGUUCGACGAGAUGGGUUUGGUGUUCGAUAUGGUCAUGAUCGCCCAUAGCUCGGGCGGUAAGGAGAGGGACGAACUCGAAUGGAAGAAGAUCUUGGAGGAGGGAGGGUUUCCUCGCUACAACAUCAUCAAAACCCCUUCCUUGGUGUCCAUCAUUGAAGCCUUUCCACUGUGAUUUGAUUGCGCUAUAAUGAAAUAAGUCAAUUAAAUGCG